AUGGCGACUUCCAUAGUGCGGGGGGUCCGGCCGCUCCAAUUCCGAGGGCUCCCCAUGUGGCACUACAAUGGGGAAGAUGAUGCCUCACGCUGCGGUCGGAAGGGUCCGGAGACCCCUGCCGCUCUAGCCAAAAUAUUGGCCAAACUGUACAAAGGGGAGAAAGAGGAGUUUACCCGUCUGAAACGCCGGGAUGGAUUUUCCAUGUAUAGCCCUCCUAGCUGGGAAUGGAGGAAGGUUACUGUGGGGAUCCAUAGCCCCGCUGCACAGCCAGAGGAUCAUAACCGGGACCUCAACCCCGGAUUCGAAGAAGAUCCGGACAUAUUUGUAGAGCUUGAGGAUGGAGUAUUCUACCAGGCGAGCUAUGACGGCACAGAAGUGGCCAUCAUAGCUGACUAUCCCGGCUCCUUCCUGCCUCGCAUGAAAAGAAUUCGCCGGACUAUGUCUGGGCAUCCCGCCGACCGCGCCUCCACAAGAUCGUCAGAUCAACUGAAGGAGGCACUGAAAGUCGCGCAAGAGGCCAAAAGGCAACUGGCCGCAGGCGAACGUGUGCUGACACGGGUUAGGGAAGAUAAAAAUAAGCUGCAGGAUUCCAAUACCCUGCUGGGCGAAGAACUAAAAUAUGUGCGAGCCCAGCUGGCCGACUCAGUGAAGGAGAAUAAGUGGCUACGAGGCGGCAUAUUCAACCAAACCGAUCGCAUCCAUGGCGGCGGCUGCUGCUGCUGCGGCGUGCCGCAGGGCCGUCUCCUACACCCUGCGCGGUCCGCCGGCCGAGAGCCUCGCCGCAACGGCGACCAGUUCGUGGACCUGCUCGACGCCAACUUCAACAAGCCUGCCCCGGCGCCGCAGGCGAAGACGCGCACCGAGAACAACUCCCCGACGUUCCCCACCUCGGGUGACCCCUGCCUCGACUUCUUCUUCCACGUCGUUCCCGACACCCCGGCCGAGACCGUCUCAUCUCUCCUCGCAAACGCCUGGGCCGCCGAUCCUAGCACCGCGCUCCGCCUCGCCUGCAACCUCCGCGGCGUGCGCGGCACCGGCAAGUCGGACCGGGAGGGGUUCUACGCCGCCGCGCUCUGGAUGCAUGGCUCCCACCCCGCCACGCUCGCCCUCAACGCGCGCCCGGUGGCCGAGUUCGGAUACCUCAAGGACCUCCCCGAGAUCCUCCACCGCAUCAUCCAUGGCGGUGUCGCCACCACCGCCAGGACCCCAAAGAAGCAGUGGAGCGAAGACUCGGAGGUCUCCAUGUACGGGGGUACGAGCGAGGCGCGCAUUGCUGCCAGCCUGAAGCGCGACCAGGAGGAGGCCGCCCAGGCCGCCGUCCAGCGCAGGAAGAAGCGCGCGGAUGCAGCGGCGAGAGCCGUCGAGAGGUACGCCCGGGACCCGAACUACCGCCUCCUGCACGACAUGACGGCCGACGUGUUCGCCGACCUCCUCGCCGAGGACAUGAAGAAGCUCUCAGAUGGCAACGUCGACCUCUCGCUCGCCGGAAAAUGGUGCCCGUCGAUCGACAGCUGCUACGACCGCUCCACGCUCAUCUGCGAGGCCAUCGCGCGCCGCCUCUUCCACAAGGGCUCGGCGCCCGAUCUUCCCGAGGACUUGCCGGACGCGUACUAUGCCUACCGCGCGCGCGAGCGCCUCCGCAAGGAGGCCUACGUGCCGCUGCGCCAUGCCCUCAAGCUCCCCGAGAUCUUCAUCUCGGCGCGCGCGUGGGGCGAGGUGGUGUACACGCGCGUGGCCUCCGUCGCGAUGAAGAACUACAAGGACCUCUUCCUCGAGCACGACGAAGAGCGUUUCAACAGCUACCUCGCCGACGUCAAGUCCGGCAAGGCGAAGAUCGCGGCGGGCGCUCUGCUGCCGCACGAAAUCCUGAAGUCCGCCUACGACGACGAUGGAGUCGCGGACCUGCAGUGGAAGCGCAUGGUGGAGGACCUGCUGGCGCUGGGCAAGCUCAACAACUGCCUCGCCGUAUGCGACGUGUCGGGCAGCAUGGGCGGCCUCCCCAUGGACGUAUGCGUGGCGCUCGGCCUCCUCCUCUCCGAGCUCUGCGACGAGCCAUGGCGCCACCGCGUCAUCACCUUCAGCGAGAAGCCGCAGCUGCACCACAUCUCCGGCGACAACCUCGCGGAGAAGACACAAUUCAUACGCGAGAUGCAAUGGGACCUGAACACCGACUUCCAGGCGGUGUUCGACCAGCUCCUGCGCGUGGCCGUCGCCGGCAAGGUCCCUCCGGAGCGCAUGGUGAAGAAGGUGUUCGUGUUCAGCGACAUGGAGUUCGACCAGGCGUCGUCGAGGCCGUGGGAGACCGACUACGAGGCGAUCACGAGGAAGUAUUCCGAGGCCGGGUACGGCGACGCCGUGCCGCAGAUCGUCUUCUGGAACCUGCGGGACUCAGACUCGGUGCCGGUGACGGCGCAUCAGAAGGAGGUGGCGCUGGUGAGCGGCUUCUCCAAGAACAUGGUGAAGCUGUUCCUCGAGGGCGAAUACAUCCUGUCGCCGAGGGCAGUCAUGGAGAAGGCCAUCGCUGGGCCGGAGUACCAGAAGUUCGUUGUGUUCGACUGA